AUUAGAAGGGGUGUUACUCUGAACUAGGGGGUAUUAGAAGGGGUGUUACUCUGAACUAGGGGGUAUUAGAAGGGGUGUUACUCUGAACUAGGGGGUAUUAGAAGGGGUGUUACUCUGAACUAGGGGGUAUUAGAAGGGGUGUUACUCUGAACUAGGGGGUAUUAGAAGGGGUGUUACUCUGAACUAGGGGGUAUUAGAAGGGGUGUUACUCUGAGUAAGGGGGUAUUAGAAGGGGUGUUACUCUGAGUAAGGGGGUAUUAGAAGGGGUGUUACUCUGAGUAAGGGGGUAUUAGAAGGGGUGUUACUCUGAACUAGGGGGUAUUAGAAGGGGUGUUACUCUGAACUAGGGGGUAUUAGAGGGUAUAAGCAGACAGUGGUGUCUUUCCAGGCCGUGUCCGGGGUAUGCCAGGGCCGUGAUCCCGCAGAGGUGCUGUUUCUCCGGGCAGUUGGUAGCUCUGUCCCCGGUAUCGAGCAGUGCUGUGUGCCCGGGAUGGCCGGCCGGAGCCGCCGCUCAUGGCUCAGUGUGUUGCUGGGGCUGGUGCUCGGCUUCCUCCUGGCCUCCAGGCUCAUCCUGCCACGGGCCGCCGAGAUGCAGAGAGCCAGCCGGCGGAUCGGUGGUGCUGGGUCCGGCCAGGCGGGGAGCUGUGGCCUGCAGGCCGGCCUAAGGACUGAGUACACGGGGGUGCUAGGCUGGCAGCAGCAGCUACAGUCCGACCAGGGAGCACUGGACUCCACCAAUGAGGAAGAUGUCCCCCGGGCAAGGAACUUUCUGUUUGUAGGAGUAAUGACUGCACAGAAAUACCUGCAGACCAGAGCUGUGGCAGCUUAUAGGUGAGUACUGAGUACCAUACACCGUGGCAUAGUCAGCCUGCUUCUAUAACUGCCUGAGUAAUGUUAGAAGGGUAGUCCACAGCAACCAGAAGCUAAAUUCUAUUCUGGAAUCAUUGAGACAUGUGCAAGGAUCACAUUACCACCAUUAGUAUUGGUUUUAUAGUUUGCUUUAGUAACAGUGGUAAGGUUUGCACCAGGGCUUUUUAAUGACCGUCGGAUAAUUAAUACUGCCAAGUUGUCCCACAGGCUGAAUGUCUAUUCUACAACCACUAGGUAUGUCCUAAAGUUAGAUCAAUUAUGUUGCGUGUCUGAUAGAUUUAAUGCAUUGGUUCAUGUAAAGGCAUUUUGGCGUGUUGCAGAUUAAAGGAACAGUAAAGUCACCAGAACCACUACAGCUUUAAUGUAUUUAUUCUAGUGUCUUAAGCCUGUCUCUACAGGUUUUUUGUUUUUUUUGGGGGUAAUGUAAAUACUACUUUUUCAGAGAAAACUGCUGCCUAGUAACACCUAGUUACUCAAAUGGCCACUGGAGCUGCUUCCUGUGUCAGUGCUGCACGCACUGAUGUUUAGCAUCUCCAUGCUCUGCAUAAGGACACUGAAAGUGAAAUACAUUGAUUCAUUGCAUCUCUUUGAGAAACUGCUGACUAGCACAGUCUGGCAUUUUGGCACACGUGCACAAUAGCCUCCCAGUGCUUUAAGAGAAUGUGUUGGAUUGGCUGAAAUCAUAAAGUUUGAUCUCAGCCAUGGUGGUGAGACCUGUGAGGGUCGAAAAAAGGUGAGUUUAAACUCCUUUCCCAUGCAAUGCAUGGGGGACCGGGAAACCUAAUAGCUGGUUUAUAGUGUCAGGAAUACAUGUUUGUGUUCAUGAUACUAUGGUGUUCCUUUAGUUAAAAUCACAUUGUAUUACUUUACUGUUUGGUGUAAAUCAAAUUGAAUUAUACAAACACUUAGUUAUCCAAGGGUUAUGUAGUAAAAGUGUUGCAUUAACUUUUCUGGGGGGGGAGGGGGGCGGUUAUGCUUUUUGUAUUUCUUACUGUUUUUCUUCCUUCAUUUUAUUUUCCUGUUCCAUUUAAAAAAAAAAAAAAAAAAAUAUCCACAAACUUAUCACUUCCUAUGUAUAAAAAGAGCGGCAAAGAUCACCUUUUCAUUAUGCCAAGUGUUCCGCUAUUUUUAGUGUGUGUGUCUGUCUGUCUUGUCAUGCCAGAAAUAAUUUAUGCUUCUUAGAUUGCGCAUAAAAUUCUAUCUAUACAGAUUUGCAAAUUCGCUAGCAAAUAUAUAGAUUAGGAGGAAAAAAAAACUAUUUAAAUUAUUUUUUUCUCUCUCCCAACUGUUAGUCUAUGCCUCGGCAUGCCACAGGAGGUCCUUCUGUUCUCCUAAGAAUAGUAACCACAGGAAAUACGCUGUGGCUGCUAUUGAAACACCCCAAGCUGAAGCUCCUAGCCCUGGCUAGGGAGUAUAUGAACAGAGUAACGCGAUACCACUCCGUUCCGACGCCAGCAUGCAAACGUCACUUAGGUUUGCACUGCUUGGGCAUGGUUAUUGGAGUAAACCUUUAAAAGAACACUGUAGUGUUGGGUAUACAAAUCCGUAUUCCUAACACUAUAGUGACCCUGUCUCUAGUUGUAUUGGUAUUGUUUCCACCCCCACCCCCCUGUUUGGCAUGAAAAUUAAUUAGAUUACUUUCCAUUUUCCAGUGUUGAGGCCCCCUUGCAGAAUUAAAAGGAUAGGUCCACCUCACCCAGAUAACUUUUAUUGAGAUGAAGUGAUCUGGGUGACAAUAGUGUCCUGUUAGAGGAUCCCUUCAGCCACUUACCUUUAUCCAGCGCUGGGCUCCAUUGGCGCUGGUGACCUCUCCUCCCCUGCUAACCUCAGCUCCCGAGUGGCGCGCGCUUGCAUGGCAUUUCUCAAUGCUUUCCUAUGGACGUUCUGCAAGCUGGAUGCGGAUUUCUAUAGUGUCUCUUUAAGUCAAAGUUUAAAAGCUGGGAUUUUUGUCUCAUUAAUCCUACACUCACGGUGUCCUCACUGUGAUUUAUGUACAUCAUGAACCUUGAUUUUGGUUUCCAUAUUCUAAAAUCAAUGAGGCGGUGUGUGUCCAAGGUUACAAUAUUGCAUUACUAGUGCCAACAGUGUGGGUAGUUGGUGGGUUCUAACAUGUAUUCAAAAAAUGCAGCUCUGAUAACUCAGAGCAUUUCCGUUAUGGCACUUGGUGUUUUUGAUCCUAAUACAAUUGUGAUCUACCACUCUCAGGUCUUCUGUAAUGCUUGUUCAUUUUAGCUGAUCAUGUAACCUUUGAAUAUGUUAGAAGAAAUUUGAACAAAGUCUAUUGGUUAGUUACUCAUACAUUUAUAUGGAUUGCUUGAUUUCAGCAGUAAAGAAUUUAGGACCAUUAAUUCCUUCUAUAGCGACUGUGAAUGUCAAUUAUUAUAGAAACCUGGUCAGCAUAGUGUAUUAAACAGCUAAAUUGUAAUGGCAUUGACACACAUUUUUAUGUUGACUGUUUCUUACCAAAUGCUUAAUAGCUAAUGUAUAAGUGAUGUCAUAGAUGUUGAAAAUUGAAUUUAGCAUUGCUUUCUUAGUCUUUUAUUGUUUAAUCACUAUGCCGAUCCCACACAGAAAUUAGUUUAUGUAAAUUGUAAAAUGUUACACUUUCUGUCUUGUGUAUACCUUGCUUUAGAUUUGUUGUCGCACAAUGAAUUCUCAUUGACUUCACAUCUGUGGUCGCUUGCUUGCUUUAAAUGGUUUUAGGAAUAGAGCAUGUUUAGAUGGUUGUUGCCAUGUAUUGAUCUGGAGAAUACAGCAGUUUUUCACAGGUCCUUUCUGAUGUAUCGAUUGCUGAAUGUAACUUAGUUUUUCCAUUGCUGAUAUUUGUUUCAGGGCCAUAUCUCAAAUUAAUCUUUUAAUGGCCUGUUCAUACAGUGUAGAUAUUGUAAAGGGAUUUAAAUGCACAUCCAAUUAUUUUUUUUUUAAUAGCAGCCCGCAUUGAUUCUGACGCUGAGCAAAUAAAACAUAGUUUAUAAUUUUUUAUUUUUUUUUCUAAAUUGAAUAUUCUGUAGGGUUUAUGACCUAAUUCAUAAUGAAUCUCUGUCCUUUUAAAGAACAAACGUUACACAUUUAUACAUAGGCAGAGUAUGAUUAAGAAGCACCUGUAGGCACAAAAUGCAUUAGGUGGUUAAUCCCGUCUUGUAAAUCCUGUUCUGGAAUAGAGUACUUUAACUUGCCUUCUGGGGGUGGCAAAGAUUCUUUGAACUGGUAAUUAUCUUACUCUUCCUCAACUAUUAGGAUGCUAUGUUUAUUUUUAACCCAUCAUGGAUCAAUGUGUUGUCAGGACCAGUACUGAAUAAGGGGUAGGACAUUCCAUGUAUUUUUACAUGUUUGCCAUGUAGAGCGUAUUGACCAGUUAUGAGCAUUGGGAAAGCAGUUGUAUUUGUGAGGCUUGCUUUUUUUUUUUUUUUUCUCUCAUAGACUGGGGUAGACAUGAAACCUGUUUAAAAAAAAAAAAAAAAUUAUGAUCCUUUAUGGGGUGGUUUUAUAAACCCAGUAUUAGUGUAUUUUAUGUUGUACCUGGCAAAGCUGCUGUCUGGCAUGUGGUGCUGGAUGCAUUACUUAAGUAUUAGAUCGUUUUGGCUCUGUUUAGUGAAUUAUUUCGGCUCAACUGCUCUGUAAAUGAUACCCAUGUUUGCCCAGGUAAAUUUAUUUGAGAUGGUGACAACAAAUGUGUUGUCUGAAAUGCAAUAGAUUAUUUUGUUGGAUGAGAGUCAGAUAAAAUUUUCAGCCUGAGGCAUUGUUACUUUUGCUAGUAGCAAAAUGAAAUGAAACCGUGUGUUGCCAACUGUACACAAGCAGGAAAUAGGACAUAGACUGAUUUGUCAGUGUGCUUAGAAGCCUUGCUUACAGGGACACUAUAUAACUUUGGGAAUGCAUUACAGUUUGUAGUUCACAGUAUUAAUGUCUACCUCCCCCUCCCUCUUCUUUGAGAGUAAAUUAUCUGGUUACCUAUAGUCUCUCUUUUUAAUGUAAAGCUACAGUAGUGUUCGACUGUAGAUUUGUCUGUUUUUAGAAAUGACUUGCUGUUUUAGUAGAGAAUACGUUUUGUUUAAAACAUCCAUUUAAUAAAUUGAUCUUGGUUUGUGAGUGGGGUUUUGACAACCAACUGUCCCCCCUCUUCCUCCCACCUUCUCUAUCAUGUUUAUUUUGAAACUAAGCCCUGAAACACUGUCCCUGCUAUUGGCAGUGUAAAGAAAAUGCAUGGCUUGCUUCUGUCUUGUCUGAACAUGGAAGGUGUGUGUGUGUGUGUGUGUGUGUGUGUGUGUGUGUGUGUGUAUAUGCACAGUGUGGCAAGUUUUAUUCUUCAGCGACUGGAAAUCUGCGCUCUCGUCAGUAGGUUUCCUUGUACUUGAAAAGUGAUAUACCUGUAUCCUGUAAAACUUGCCCAACCCCCUCUAAAUUCUACCUCUCACAAGUAGCAUUCAUUUGGAAAAUGAAAACCCAGUUCAAUGACUUUACUUAUUAGAAAGAAUAAUUAUUUCAUAGCGUCUCUCUUCUCUAUUUGGUUAUCAUUCUGCUUAUACAUUCUGUACUGUUUGAGUGUGUCUGUAUACUGCAUUUGUUUUGGUUGACACUUUGACAGGUGCUACGACUUCAAAUUGUAAGGGGGCUCUAAGCAUAUUGCAUGAAAUUGUGUUGCCCCCUCCCUCCUCUAUCAGAAAACAGGACCACAUAACUCCUGAACUAGUUCUGUGUCUUGGAGCUGGGUUGGCUGUAAUGUCAGAGAGCCUUGAGCAAAGAUUUCACAAACAGGAAUGUGCAAGGUUAAAAAUGUAGUGUAAAACCUAAUGACACAGGGAGAAAAUGCCUGGAUUCAGCCUCUGACAUGGCAAGCCUAAAGCUACAGCCCUUUAUUUCAUCCCUCCCUCUUAAAGUUUCAGUAGUAAGUAACCGGAAACUUUGGUAAUCUUCAAAGAACUUUAAUAUUUGUGAUAAUUGACCAGUUAACUAGGAAAUUAUACUGAAGGGUAGUAUGUACUAAUUGUGUAUCAUUCGCUUAAAUCUUUGUAAGCUUUAAUAGAACACCAGACAUGUUUUACAGAUUUUUUUUUUUGAUUUUUUUUAAAUUAAAUUAAAUGUUUGCAAACCUGGCCAAAUACUUACAAACUCUGCAUAUAUCUAGAGGAUGUUGGCAAGCAAUGCCUACUUUUAUUAAGAAUUGUACAUAAUUAUUAAAUAAUUCACACACAGGGUUUUUCACUUCAAAUAUUUCUAGUGAAUUGAAAGCCAAAUUGCAAAAUGUAAGGCGAAAAAACUGAUUUAGAAAAUAUAUCCAAAUCAGCUACAGUCAUAAGUUGGUCUGUUUUUAGUUAAAGGGACACUAUACACCCCUAAAACAUUGUAGCUUGCUGAAAUGCUUUGUAUGGAGGGUGUCUGUCUUUCUAUUUAUUUUUCUUUUCUUUUUUUAAAUUUAUUUUCUUACAAAAAGUACAGGUUUCAAUAUAAAUUCGCACUUUUAUAAAUUAACCUUGUUACUCACAGACUGUCAACCAGACAACGAGUUCUGUUACUUCCUUGGUGUUUAGUAAAACACAAGAGGCAGCAAUUUCACAGAGCAAGAUGUCUUUAAAUAUAUCCCCCAAUGAAAACAAUGCAUAAUUAAAUGCAUGCAUGGUUUCGUUGUGGGUGUGGAGUGUUCCUUUAAGCUAGUUUGACCUAAAUUUGCAAUUACCUGGUCAGAUACCCACAAUUCAAAUUUUAUCAAAUACCUAAUGCAAGUAAAGGCUUCAACAAUAUUGAAAAAAUAAAACACACACACACACACACACACACACACACACACACACACACACACACACACACACACACACACACACACACACACACACACACACACACACAGUGUGUGUGUGUGAAGAAAUGCCUCGGAGUAAUAGAGAGGAUAGAAGGCAUAAAGCCGUUCCUUUAAAAAAACCAAAAAAAAAACCUCAGAGGUAUACCCACAGAAGUAAUAUUAACUCAUAAGGUCUAAGAUAAGUGAUAUAGAUAGGAAAAAAGUAAAAAACGAUCUUUAUUAAGUUAAAUAUGUUCGAGUCUAUGGACUCAUUAGCACAAAAUCAAAAAAAUGUAUAAAUAAAAAGAAAAAAGUGUGUAAGUGAUUUUAAAAAAAGGGGCAGACUCAUGUAGCUUAUAUGAAAUAUACAUGAAUUAAUUUUAAUAUUAAAGUAAAUGUAUAAGCUAAAUAAUGUAAGUGAAACACUGUUCAUGUAGCAGGAAUCAUAGGCAAACCAUAGGAUUAUAACUAUAAAGAAGAAAAGAAUCUUAGUGUCUUAUAUACAGGUAAGUAUACAAUUUGCUCGGGAGCCGCUAGAGACUGUGGGAUAUGGAUUAGAUCUCAAGUAAAGUGCAGCUUAUUAGGCAGAGGGAAAAUAGUAUAAUUCCCUCAAGGUAUGCAAUACCCUUUAUAUAACACUGUUAUCUCGAAGAAGAAACAGAGAUUGCUAUUGCCACCAGUAAAUGUGGGACCCAGAUAAAAAUCUAUAUCUGGGAUAAAUACAAACUUAGGAUGUAAUAAACCCUCACAUCAAAAGUAUAUAGAGUGCCUCUAGUAUGACAUAGGUAUCCCAAAGUGGAAUCAGAUUAUAUAAAAAAAUAGAUGAUAAAAUAAAAAAUCUUUAAGGAUUCUACAGAAAGAUAAAUUGUUAAGAAGCAAUCGAAUUAUCUUCCAUAAUCUCUAUUUGAAUCAAGAGUGUCUAAAUAUACCAAUAUGAUAGUGGGAAAAAAGCGGUAUAUCUAAAGCCUAAUAUCCGAAGCCCCAGGUAAAGCUGUUCAAAAUAGUAAAGUACAACCUAUGCUACCUAUCUAAAGAGAUUCACAGAUUCUAACUAAAAAGCCACAUGAACGGUUGCAUAAAGAGAGCUGCCCCAUUUGAAAAGAAGCGUCAGAACAUGACGCGCGUUUCGGCGCUCUCAGGCGCCUUUUUCGAGAGUGAACACUGCAAGGUAACCAGCCCACAUUUUAACCCCUUAAGGACCAAACUUCUGGAAUAAAAGGGAAUCAUGAUAUGUCACACAUGUCAUGUGUCAUUAAGGGGUUAAAGGGAGGGAGGACACCCCUCCGGUAAAUACAUCAUGGAAAGAUGACGUCAUCUGGGCUAAAGAGAAGUACUGCUAAGAUUUCUCUUUUAGGCUUCUUAUAGCUACCUAAGGAAACUUCUGCUGAUGGCUUUAAAUAGUGCUCCCUGGUGCCCCCAAUUUCUUGGCAUCAUCAUUGCGUAACUACAAAUCUGUCUAGCUUGUGCCAAACUUAUUUUCUGUCUGUAUUUUCUUACCUUAAGAUUAUUAAACAUUUAGUUGUUGCCUUAGCCUACAUAAUGUAUGGGUCAGUUGUUUCCUCUUGCAUUUCUACAAAGCUACAAUACUUCAGCACUCUCAUAUCGUGAGAAUUGUUUAUUGUAUGGAAGGCUAGUUCAUUGCUAUCAAAUUGUGGUUGUUCUAUAUAUUCUGUAUAAUUGUUACAUGGUAAUUUUUUUUGUUUAAUUUUAUAGAGCUUAUUUGUGUAAUGAUCAAAAGACUUAUUAUUUAUCAAAUCAAUUUUUAAUUGUAUUUUUUUUUUUCUUUAGAACCUGGUCAACUUCCAUUCCUGGGAAAGUUGAAUUCUUCUCCAGUGAGGGCUCAGACACCUCCAUACCAAUUCCAGUUGUACCACUUCAGGGAGUGGAUGACUCCUAUCCACCACAAAAGAAAUCUUUCAUGAUGCUCAAGUAUAUGCACGAUCAUUACUUGGACCAGUAUGAGUGGUUCAUGAGAGCAGAUGAUGAUGUUUACAUCAAAGGGGAUCGGCUGGAGAGCUUUCUACGAAGCCUGAACAGCAGUGAACCACUGUUCCUCGGGCAGACGGGCCUUGGCUCAACAGAUGAGAUGGGAAAACUGGCAUUGGAACCAGGGGAGAAUUUCUGCAUGGGUGGUCCAGGUGUAAUAAUGAGCAGAGAAGUCCUGCGGAGAAUGGUCCCCCACAUUGGAGAGUGCCUGAGGGAGAUGUUCACUACCCAUGAAGAUGUAGAAAUUGGAAGAUGUGUGAGGCGGUUUGCAGGAGUUCAGUGUGUCUGGUCUUAUGAGGUAAGGCUCGGUUCCAUGUUGGUAUUCCGCUAAUGCUGAUGAAAAUGUUAUGCCUUUCAUCACCCCUUGCCCUUUUCCCCAUCUGUAAUAUAGAUUAAAUUAUACUAUAAUAAUGAAGAAAAGUUGUGGUUUGCACUUGAUGUAGCAAGGUACUUAUCUAAAUGAAUCAUUUUUAAAGCAAGAGAUAUGGAUUGUGGUCUAAAAUAAACCCCUUAACAGAAUGUUUAAACCAAAAACUUGACAAUGUUGCUUUUUAUUAGGGUCACCUUGGAAACCAGGGAUGCUAUUAUCAAAGAAGGCUGAUGGUGGUUUUUAUUUUUUACCCUUGGCACUUUUCAUAUACCUCCACAGGAUUAUAACAUAUCUACACCAGAAUACUUGCCUUAUUCUGCUUAAAAGUUUUCAUAGAUGUGUACAUUAUUGCAGAUUACUGAUGUGUAUCAGCAGCCAAAAUACAGGAAGUUACAUUUUCAAAUAGAUAUGAUAUGGUGAAGUUAUUCAGAUAACAUUGCUUACAAAAGUUAUGUAUAAAUUAGAAAAUGAAUUCAAAUCCUUGUGUGAAUGAAUAACGGUAGAACAUUAGCCAUGUACUUUCUACUAUAAACUAGAUAUGCUAGUUAUGUUCACUCUACCUGAUCAAUACAGCAACUUAAAUGUGUCUUUAAAGGGCACUCUAGUCUAGACCAAGGGUAGGCAACUUUUGUCACUCCAGAUGUUGUAGACCGCCUCUUCCCUGAUGCUUUGCCAAUAUUAUGGCUGUAAGAGUAUUCUGGGAGAUGUAGUCCACUACUACUGGAGUACCAAGGCUGCCUACCCUUGCUCUAGACACCUCAUUAAAGUGGACUCCUGGCACCACAACUACUUUGAGAUAAAGAGGUUAUGGUGCCAAUUGUCAUUUAAUACUAUGACCAGCCUCAUCUGUGGAAAAACGUAUUAUUUAUUACAAAUUCCAAAAGUCCCAUGAUUUAUUGAGCACCACCUAUAACGAUGCAGAGCCUGAUAUUAUUGCGGAAAUACAUUCUUAUUCAGAUCAUCUAUGGAGCAUGUGUGCACACACUAAUUGUACAUGCUGCAGGGGUAAAUGUUUUAUACUUUCUUCUGGCGCACAUUACAAGCCAGCACGCAGGCACUGAUGAAUGUACCUUCUUUGAGGGAACUGUUCAUCCAAAUUCUCUUCUGAGUAAUUAGCACGUAAAACUGUUUUGUUUUGGCUGUGGGCACAUUUGUUUAGCAUGACAAAUCUACUAAAACACUACUUCCUGAUAGAUAUGCAACAGCUGGAUACAUUGUUUCAUGGUGGUCUUAUUUCAAAGAGAUGAGUAGGACCUGAAGAAUGAUUGCAAUGGAAAAGAGCUAGUGCUCCUUGUAUACUCUGUUUAUGAAGCAUAUUGUAGGCUGUUUUAUGUGACGUAGACUCCGCAAGCUUGUAAUCUAGUGGAUGAGGGGAAUCCACGAAGGAAAUGUUGACUUAAGCAAGUGUUUACAUGUGGUGUAAGAGGAAGUAUUUUCAGAGUAGUGCUGUGCUGUUAUGUUAAGACGUCAAAAUCAGUUUUCGCACAAGUAGCCAUCAGCCUUGUGUCAAGAACCUCACCCUAUGUGGUUUGUCAUGUUGAACUAUUUAAAUAUACUUUAGGAAUUAAUUUUUCCUCUUGUUUUGGAUCAGGUGUGUUCAUUAUAGAAUGUCAUACUUAAAACAUUUGGGUAACAAGGUUUGCCCUUGGUAAGUAUGUAUAUCUAUGCAUUGUGCUUGCAAAUGCUCCAGUAAAUGUAUAAAUUAAGGAAAGCUUACCUAAAAUUGGCACAUGUUUCCGAGAUGGCUGGAGAAAUUUGAUUGGUGCAGAUGUGACUGUUCCUAAAUAAAGCACUGUACAAAUGACUAGAUUAGCACUGUAAGUAAUUGCACUCUGACCAACUUUUUAAACCCUUGAUUACAGUUUGUCUUGUGUAAUAUAUAGAUAAACUAUUUAGGCCGUUCAAAUGGAAACCUUGCGUAUUUUGCCUGGUAGUCACUUAUACCUAUGCGUGGACUGCAAUGACUAAUCUGUAUUGCCUUAAUGGAAACAUCUUAAUGUGUGACUAAACUGGAUCUGUCACACUGCAGAUUGUUUGUUUGUUUGUUUGUUUGUUUGUUAAAUUGACCUAAAAGUAUGUGACUACUCAUUCAUUUAGUGGCAACAAGUUCCACUGCAUUUAAAAAACAAAUAAUUCAAUGGUAAAUCUACCAUGCUUUUAUGAGUCUCUCAAAUUGUAGAUUGGUGGAUAUUGUUAUCCUUGCCUGGUGGUUUAUUUUUUUUAUUUUUAUUUUUUUGUCGGUGUCUUCCUCAGAAUAGAUCAUAGUUUCAAACCUAGGAAAUCACAUUUGCAGUAAUGUUUUGGGGCAAAGCAUGCCCUUAUAUAGAAUUAUGCACUAUUAGUUUUAUGCCAACCACUGUAUUUUGUUCUGUCCUGAACACAGUGGGCAGUGUUUAACAAAACAAAGCAAAGUGGUGGUCAUUUAUGACUGUUUUUAUAUAGGAGAAAAAAUACCCGCCCUUUCCCCAGUGUCUGUGUUCUUUUAUGUCCACGUGUAUAUUAUGGUGCCAAAUCUUGUACUGAAUGAUGUGUGACAUUGUAAUGGGGAAAAAAAUAUAUAUUUUUUUUCAAUGUGACUUCUUGAUUCACUACUGGUAGGAGCUGUGUUCCUGGACAGUAGCUGCUAUUUACAUCUGACACUAUUAUUUCCUUGUGCUGCCCUGAUAUCUCAUGGUUUACUCCUAGCACCAUUACCACUUCAGUGAUUUGAAGCCUGCAGUCUGUGUAGCGUUUCGUUGUGAUGUGCUGAACAUACUAAGUUUAACCCCCUUGCUACUGGAGGUGUAACUACCCCCGCUGGCGGCAGCUUGAAGUAACCGUUCUAAUUCUAAAAUUGUGUGUGUGUGUUUUUAUUUUUUUUUGUGGAUUACUAAAUUUUCCUCUGUAGUUGAACCUGAGAAGCUCAACAUGAAUAUUGACUUCUGGACCAAAUUACAGGAGGCUGACGUUGGGGGCUCACCUAUCUCCACUUAAAGUCAGAUAUCUAGUGACAGAAUGUUUCUAGUUCAGUCUGAGCCAAAUGAAUAAGAUAUGAAGAUGGAUCAUCCUUCCACAGAGAGUGAGCAAAUCCUCUCAUGAGGAUAAAGAGACUUACUUUUGUAGACACCUAAUUGGAAAGCUGUGCCCUAGUUGUGAACCAAAGGGAAUGUCCGGUAUCCUCAUUCUAUUAUAAAUAUUAUUUCUUCUACAUAUCAUUUUAAGCAAUUCUGCUCAAUCUCAAUUUCCUUCCUGUUAUAGUUUUAAAAAAAGAUUUUUAAGAUGUUACUGCAAAAAUAUAACGGCAUAAAAAGGGUAAAUUGUAUGUUCAAGAAGAUGUUUUGUUUAGCACAGGCUGCAGGCACUGAUUUUUUUCAGCCAUGAAAUUUCACUAUACUGUACUUACAAUUCAAUCACCCAAUGAUUGUAUGCCUCUCCUUUGCAAAUAGUUAUUGCAUCAGUGUCAAUAUUCAAAAAGCUUUAUUGACUUGUUUUAUGCCUGCUUUAAUCAUUUGUUUUACUUUCUUAAAUGGCCCUGCAGCUUGGCUCUCUUUCUAAAUGUAUGGAGGAUGGCAAAGCCAUAGAAGAAUAACCUGUAGAGAUCUGCAUGUAAAGUCUUUAUCUUUCCUUACCAUCUUCUUUCUACAAUCUAGUGUCACAUGGCAGAGGUUGCCACUGUUAUAUACUAACACAUGCAUGAAAUUUUAUUGUGUGUGUGUAUAUAUAUCUAUCUAUCUAUAUCUCUUUUUUUUUUUUUUUAAAUUCUUUAUUUUUGCAGUGCAUUGUUUAGUAAACAAGCUCACAGUGACAUUUUUAAACAAAGAUAUACAUUGAUAUACAAUGAGGUUGAGAGCAAGAUUGUCGUAAAAUGUCAACAGUUCAGCACUUUUUGUUUUUUAAUAACAUGGGAAAACAAUGAUGAAAACUGUACAGUGCCUAUGAAUGAUGAUAGAACGAGGUUGGUUAUAGCGAGUGCAUGUCUUAGGCACUUAUAUUGAAUGCAACUAUUAAUAACAAGCUUAGUCAAAGAUAGGCUAAUAGACAACAAUACUGUGUAGUGUAACAUGCUAAACUAAAUAUGCGCCUAGCCAAACUAGUUGCGCUUAAGGUUAUAGGUGUAAAGCUGUGCAUUAGUGAGGCUAGGAGCUUUUAUGCUUAAUGAACCAGUUGCACGUAUUUAAGUGUAGGGAUAAACCAACAGUUUCACCGCCAGUUUGAUUCCAGCUUGGAGUACCACAUUAAAUAGGACCAGCUAGGGAAGUUAUACAGAUGCGGGUGCGGGAGACACACACAAGAUGUCAUUGCCCAAAAAAGAAAACUUUGCAAGGGGUGAAAACAACGGCAUAUCAUGCGUUGUCACGUUACUUUUAGCCAGGGUGUAGAGGGCAGUUCUUGCGAUAUCAGGCAUGGUGUAAAAGUCCAGCUAGUGCGAGAAAUGCCUAAAAAACGUUAGGUUAGACAGCUGCAGUAUGUGUGCGUAUGUACAACCCCGUUAGGUUGGAAAACAACGGCAUAUCAUAUGUUGUCACGUUACGUUUAGCCAGGGUGUAGAGGGCAGUUCUUGCGAUCUGAGGGAUGGUGAAAAAGUCCAGCUAGUGCGAGAAAUGCCUAAAAAACGUUAGGUUAGACAGCUGCAGUAUACGUGUGUGUGUGUACAACCCCUUUAGGUUGGUCUGAGUGGGUCAUGUGUGGAAGUCCCCGCAGUGGCAACUGUUGUCCGUGGUUAGUCCCGUAAUGGCAGUACAGCUUUAGGCAGCGAGCCUGAGUUCAGCCUAUCCCCAAGGCUGGGAAGUGUAAGUCCCGAGUGAUGAGGGCGAAGGUGGCUGUAGCACUUGGAUGGUUCUGUUGGGCGUCCUUCCAGCCCCAGGCCGGUUGAUAGGCCAGCACCUUCGUGCCCCGGACUUGGGGGCUCCUGAGGUCCCAGUCCUCCGCUCUGGGGGGUAGGCAGGAGGUUGUGGAGGCUGGUGGCCUCACGUGGCGGGUGGAUCUCCGCCUGUGCGGACGGUGCCGUGGGGUUCUGCCCCUGGUGGCCCUCGGCCUAGGUGAUCUCUUAGUGUGAGGAGGUACAUGUGUUUUGGAGACAUGAAUGAUCGAAGGGGGCUCACUCACCAUCCGGUUCUCAGCCCCCCUGUCGGCCUCCUGAUGUUGGAGCUUUACUGCUUCUUGUCGUGCCUCCAGCAUGGCCCAGAAGCGGGUGAAGAGUUCAUCCAGCCUCCUUUGGGUGAUCUGUGCCGAGUUUAGAGGCUCCGGCUCGUAGUGCUGGGAGUUUGCUCCUUGCAUGGUAAGCUGGGCCGCCAUUUUGUGUGAUUCUGCAGUUGAUGUAUCUUAGUCAGGUAGGGUGAUUAAAGUCGCUUGGCGCCAGGUUCAGGCUAGGAAGGACCGGGAUAUCCCCCGCCGGUCCAGAGGGGGGGGGGGAGCAGUGCUGUUUUGCAGGCUUGGGAGGACACUAGGUCGCACAGAGCGGGGGAUCGGCCGCCUCACCCGUCCGGCGAUACUGCUAGGCCACACUCCCGACACCUCGAUAGAAGCUCUGUGUACCCGCGGGAGGGAGACCCGGGGCACUUUGGCUGGCUCCUGAGGUAGGUAUGCCUUUGUUUAGGCGUUUGUGUGGGUCCUGGCUGGCUGGCGUGCAGUUAGUCAGGCUGUGCAGGUAGAUUGAGCUCGGAGCUCACACGAGGCACGUCCAGCCGCCAUGAAGUCCAGGCCCCGCCCCCAUCUAUCUAUAUCUCUUGUUUUUUCAUUCCCAAUUUUAUUGUUCCUCCUUUUAGGAGCAUGAAAUGGUGAGGUUUCCCUUCUCUGUGCCGGUGUUUUUAUUUAUUUUUAUUUCUAUUUAUUUAUUAUUUGAACAGGGGGGUACUUCUUGUCAGUGAGUGGCACCAAAUACUCACCGGAGACCAUCUGUCAAACCAGAGUUUUACCUCCCCCCAGCACCUCCUCCUUAUGUGAAAUCUUGCUUGUAGAUUAGUUUAGUCUCAACACUCCCCUUCUCAGGUUUUAAAGAGAACCAUAUACUUAUUCUUCAUGUCUUGACAAUAACUUGUGAAUGUCAUUGUGACGUCCAACAAAUGUUUAUUUUACUUCACUCAUUGUUUUGCAGUACAACCAAACAAGCAUGUUAUUGUUCUUUGGGGUAGGUUAUAAUGCUCAUUGCUCUGUGUAACACGAGUAUGAUCUGUUACAUUACUGGAUAAAAGUGUUGGGCCCUUCUGAUAUCAGUCAAACAAUAAGAAUUCAGGGUUUGUUGUGGACAGACAAAUAACUGUCUAAAGCCCAUCAGUAUAGAAAAUAAGUUUGUUGUGCUUUUGGUGCUGUUAUUUAGACUUUUUAACCAUUUUGAAGUAGUAUGACAAACUGCGCUGUACUGGCUCACUUAGCUUGCUCCAUUUUCAACCACCCUGCGUACAUGGUUAUAUGGUAAUUUCCAGGUUAAUCAUUGAAAGCUAUCAAACCUUGGACAGCAAUGAUAGGCUGUAUGUAAUUGCUGGAGGCAGGUUAGCCAAAAUUAAAAACACGGUUGAUCCUAUGUGUACAUAUAGCAUUGCCUUCUCUAUUUUGUUGGCAAAGUGAAUCUGCUAGAUGGUCCCUCCCUCCCCCCAUUUCAAAUACUUUCUAACCAGCUGCUUUUAAUCCAAAGUCUGGACCUUUUGACCUGUUGUUGUCCAUUAGUGAGCUUCUACAUCACAAAAUGUAAAUUAACUGAAAAAUUUUCCGUAGCAUUAAACACACAGACUAUUUGCUGAGCAUCAAAGGAGAUAAGGAGCAAACCCGAUUAAACGUCACUUUGCAUUGGGUCAGCAAAGUCUAAUCCUCAUUAAUAACGAAAAAAAAUGCACAAUGGUUUUCUUCUUAAUUAAGAUUUUGAGUUGAGUAUGUGGAUUGCUUCCAGGGGUGCAAACCUCUAACUCUCGCAUGGCAAGACUUUGGUGAAGUACCUUUGAUGUGAGCAUGAAUGAGGAAAAAAAAAAUUACCAACAAUUGCUGCCCAAUGGCAUUUUAUUGCUUUUACAUUUUAGGCCAAAUUAGCAGAACCAGAAAACUUUUCCAGCUAUAUUAUUUAAAAAUAUAUAUAUAUAUAUAUAUAUAUAUAUUUUUUUUUUUCUUUUUGUUUUAAACCCUAGACAUUUUUGAGAACUUGCAGCACUCUCCAUGACGACACAUAUAUGCUAUUGAAUGUGUAUUGUACUAAGGUUGCAAAUAAAGUUCGGCAAACCAAUGUGUGAUUGCUUUGAACAGCAUUGUAUUCUUCUACAUCAAUCAAUAGAAUGACCACCUCUAAAGAUUACAUGUGUUGGUCUAAUCAUCAUGUAUAGAAAGUUUCCUGUCCACAAGAAUCUGUAUAGUAAAGCUUCUUGUAAAUAAUCAAAACCAACAAUAAAAAACACUGCUAUAGAGACACGGAAACCCUUUAAUACAAACCCAUUGAAUUGGAAAUGGUUGUCUGUCUCCUGGGCACUUGGAUUGUGCUGCUUUUCAUCUAGUACCUAGCAAGAUUUUUAUUUAUGUAUUUAUUUUCCUAUAUGUGACCCUAGCCAUCCCACACUUUGUUGCUGUUGGCUCCACGUGACCUUGAAGGUUACUGUUUUUCUAAACUAAUUAGGGGAGAUUUAGCUUCUGUUGGACAUUAUCCCGGAAAGCGGCUUGUCUGUGCUCACUUCCUGUAAACCAAGGCUUAUCAAGACCUACUAGUUGGGCAAAUAACUGUUCAUCUUCAUGAGACUGGAAUACUUCUUUCCAGAAACUGACAGACAGGGAAUGGAGAUUAUCGCUCUCUUGGGGACAACACUUAAGUGUGUGUGUGUGUGUGUGUGUGUUUCGUUUUUUUUUUUUUGUUUUUUUACAUUUACUUUCAAAUAAGAAAGUGAACAAGUGUCUGCUGAGCAAGAAGUGGUCUCGGAGGAAAAUCCCCAAAGAGUUUUUAAAAAUCCUUAUUUUUACAGCUAGCAAAAUUAAAUUGAACAACUACAAACCACUCUGUACGAUCUUUUUAUUUUUCCUUUCUUUUCCAAGAUGUGUACACUUCUUCUUUGUAACUUCAGAAUUUAUUAUUUAAAAAAAAAAUUGUGGUCUUUUUAUGUUAAUUUAUGCAAAGGAAUAAUAUUUGAUCAUGUUUAAUGCUUUAUUCUAAAGAAAUAUCUAAACAUCUACCAGUAUAUUUGUUAGAAUUUAAAGGCCCAUCUGUGAAUUUUUGUAUUGCUGUGGAACUAUAAUCCACUAAAACACCGCAAGCUGUCAGAGCUCCUGGAAAAGAGAGCCGGGUAGAGAGGGAGAAGUAAAGGGACAUUUGGAUGGCCUGUAAUAGACUGUGUGACAUUCUGCCCUCUAUUGAGCUUACUGUAGCUGGUAAAUUGUGACGCCAAGAUUUAGAGGUUUUUAGUUGAAUGUUAUAGCAAUAUGGAAUCUGCUUUUCAGUACAGAAGCAUACGGGAGACAGAGAGCAAUUUCCUACUAUUGUCAGAAUAUUCUUGCAACCUGUUUUUUAAUUUCCUACUCCAUUUUCAUGCUAGCACUCUCUGCCAGCCCCAGAGAAACUGAUGUGUGUCUUUUGUGCUGUACCUUUUUUGUCCUGAUUUGACUUGCAAUCAAGCCUGGGCAGGAAAACGCACAGAACAUUAUAUACAUCAAAUUAAGGAAAAGCCCUUCAUGGCAGUGCAUUCUGCUGCUCUCCGCAUUCAGACGCAAGAUCGCAUUUCUGAAAACGUCUUUUGUGUUCGCCUAGCUGUUUGGGAAGGAUGUGUACUGAUAUAUUGUUUGUUUAUUUUUGGUACUCUUAAGAAAAUAUUUAGAUUUUGCUGACUUGAAGGAGUCAUUGAAACAAGGAGCACAAGCAAGUGAAGUUUCAUGUGACAGUGUCCAGGGGAUUUGAUGGGGUGGGAAGCAAAAGACAAAUUCCAAGCUUACGAAGAAAGCAUGUUUACAUUACUGGCCUGCAGAGGGUAUAUCUAUUACAGACUGUGCCUUGUUACAAUUCUGGAUGGGCACAAGGCUGGUCUGUAACAGCUCUGCACCUAGGCUCCAGUACACCGAGCUAUAAUUAGAUUUGGCCUCUCUCCUCUGCAUACAAACAAGAAUAUGGAGGAGCAUGCACAAGAAUGAAGGGUACACCGUGGAAGGAGGAUAGGGAGGGAAACUGAAAAGACUGUGUAUGUACACUUUAAAGGAACACUAUGUUAACAAUAUGAUUAUACACCAGCCUGCUUUUAAGUAGGUCCAUAAUAAUUGUGGGAAUUUUAUAUUGUUACAUGUAUUUGUCAUUAACAAAUCUAUUCAAAUAUUAAAUGGACUCUAUAACCAUUUCAUCUCGUGGAGUUGCUUAUAGUGCCUGGAGUCCCCCAUGGCACUGUCCCUCCGUUCAGUGAUUUUUCAAGCUUGCACUGAAUGAGGUUCCCCUGGAGGUAUGGCUAAGGCAGAGAUUCCACGCUUGCUUGUAGGCAUACUGAUUUAUACUUGCAAUGGCACAGUGAUAGGCUGAAAGAUUUAAAAUCACAGCCACCCAUUGCUGAUCAGGCUAAUGCUUUCUCAUUAUUCCAAGCAGCACACGGAGGUUUGGUUGCUGGGGGACUCCUGUUUAGCAUUAAAAACUGUUUUAUAGUAUUUGGAGCAAAAUACAUUAUAAUGAAGCAUUUAUCCCCCUGGCUGCUAUACCCCUAAAUUUAAUCCUUAGUUAAUUUAAACUGGUAAGAAUUAUAGAACUAAUCUCUGCUAAUUCCCUUGACUGCUUCUCUGCAGCCAACCCUGCACUAAUACACAGUUGCAGUAAUGUACCAGUUUUUAAAGCUGCUGUCAUAUCAGUAAAAGUUAUUUUGCUGACUUUUACCUCAUUCAAGGACUGAACACCCUAGACAACUUUAGUCUGAUCUCAGCUGUCAAUAAACUGUACAAAUAUGACACUGCUGAUGUUUAAAUGGCAUUGGCAAAAUUCUCAGGCAACUUUAUCCUUGCCAAACUUGCCUUGCUGCAUUGACCUGGCUAGUAGCAAAGUACUUAAAACACAAAGAUAGAUGUGUGCGUGUAAUAUAUAAUUUUUUGUGUAUAUAAUUUUUUUAUUUUUUUUUUCACUUUAGCUGUUUUGGGUUAUUGACACAGUGUUUGCCUUCAUUGCUAGCAGGAAGUAGAUAACUUGAUAUAUGAAAUAAGUGUUAGAUGUGAUCUAUGCUUUGUACAUAUCUUUUAUUAUAUGACCACACUAUGUUAUAGUCAAGACUGUAUGAGAGUAAGCAUUGUAUAAUGCCUAUCUUUGUGAAAUCAACAUAUCUACUAAAAGGAAAAAAAACCUAUUGGUACAUGUUGAUCUGUUCCUUAAAACGCUGCUGGUUUCAGUAUUUGUGAUGACUUCUUUGCAAGUUUUAGAAAAGGCAGUUGCCACUUCAUUCGUUGUGAUGGAAACUUCCGUGGAACACGCACACACUCACAUGUACACGUUUUGAUAAAGGAAACUAAUAGCUAUGAUGCAUUUUAACCGAAAGUAAACCUAUUUUGUCAGUUGUAAAUCGCUUUCAGAAUCUACAUAUGAAAUAAACAUGGUUGUUCACCUCUGAACUAGUCAUGUACUGGCACAAGACAAAAACAAAAUUUAUAUAAUUUAAAUACAGGUCAAGCAAUGCCAUCCAUGACAUUUUUAUUUUAAGUCCGGCACAACGUCAUGGGGUUUAUCCAUGAAGAAAUUUUAUUUAAAGGGACACUAUAUAAUCAGCAGAGAAACUAUAGGCUUUUAAAUGUAAACGCUGCCCUUUUAUAGAAAAGGCGGUGUUUACAUUACUGCCUAGUAAAACUCCUUUCGUGGCAGUCCCCCAGACAGCCACUACAGGUGCUUCCUGAGUCAGUGUUGCACACUUUGCAUGGAGAAGCUGAACAUGCCCCAUACAGAUGCAUCUCUGUGAGGUGAUGCUGAUUGGUGCAGUGUGGGGUUUUGACACACAUGCCCAAUAGCCUCCCAUAUGAAAGCCUUGCUUUCAUAUGAGAAAAUAUUGGCUUGGUUGAGAGUCAAAUUUGAUGAUAUUCACCAAGGAGGCUGGCAUGGCACUGGAAUAAAGGUAGGGCAGCUUAUAUUUUAAAGGCAGACAAGGAGGGCUGAUGCCUGAAAGUUUUAUUACAGCUAUAGUGUGAGGGAUACACAUUUGUAUUCCUGACACUAUAUAGUGUUCCUUUAAAAUGUAUGGAAGGGGUGGGGUGGUCAACUUGUUUCAUCUGAGCAUUUUUAUACUACUGUUUGGCCUUCCAGCAAUGUUUUGCUCUCCUCCUUCCUUUUUUUAUUUUUUUAUUUUUAUUUUUUUACUUUUUCAUCUAAAUGAGCACUCCUGUUUAACUUGUGAAAUAUACUACAUGAAAUUCCAAUUGUUUGUUACUCUUAACAGUGUUAUUUAAGUAAGAUCGUUGUUCUGUACAUUGGUGAAAGCAUCAUAGGUGGUCUCCAACGGCUGGCAGGCUUCUAGCCACUGCUUCUCAAGACUGUCUAGUGGUUAUGGUGUUUGGAGGUUUCCUUUAAAGCCAUGCCAGCAUAGAGCGCUUUUAAAAAGGCAGAAUGACAAGUAGUCUCUGCCCCAGUUGAAAGCUAAGAAACCUGAAACAAAAUGGCUUGAUCAACCAGGAAAAGCACUUGAAAUUUUUGAAUUCUCAUGUGUAAUAAGAACUAUAUUAAAGCGACACUAUAGCCACCAGAAGAACUACAGUUUAUUGAAUUUGUUCUGGUGAGUAGAAUCAUUACCUUCAGGCAUUAAACACGGUCUUUUCAGAGAAAAUGCAGUGUUUACCCUACAGCCUAGUGAUAACUAAACUGGCCACUCCUUAGAUUGCUGUUAGAGAUCCUUCCUGGGUCAUGGCUGCCUAAAAUGCAUCCAAACUUUCAGUGUCUCUUCCCUCUGCAGACACUGAACUUUCCUCAUAGACAUUCAUUGAUUCAAUUCAUCUCUACGAGGAGUUGCUGAUUAGCCAGGGCUAUGUUUUGAAUCAUGCUGGCUCUGCCCCUGAUCUGCCUCUUUUUCAGUCUCCGCCAAUCUUAUGGGGAAGCAUUGUGAUUGGAUCAGGCUACUUCUGAUAAUGGCAGUGGGCAGGUCUAAAGGAAAUGGGCACAAAAUAAGCAACUGCAGACUUAAAUACAAUUAAGAUUUUACUAUAUUUAGGGAGGCAUGAAGGGACCAUGGUGGUUUUAACCCUAUAGGGUCAGGAAUACAUGUGUUCCUGACCCUAUAGUGCUCCUUUAAAGGAUCACUAUAGGGUCAGGAACACAAACCUGUAUUCAUGACCCUAUAGUGUUAACACCACCAUCUAGCCCCCCUGGGCCCCUCAUACCUCCAUAAAUAUAGCAAAAUAUUACUGUAUUCAAGCCUGAAGCUGUAACUCUGCAUGCUGUUAGACUCAGAAAAACAAGCUGACUGCUGACAUCAUAAAAAGGGGUGGCCUGAUCCAAUCACAGUGCUUCCCCAUAGCAUUGGCUGAGACUGACAAAGAGGCAGAUCAGGGGCAGAGCCAGCACAAUUCAAACAAAGCCCUGGCCAAUCAGCAUCUCCUCAGAGAUUAAUUGAAUCAAUGAAUCUCUAUGAGGAAAGGUCAGUGUCUACAUGCAGAGGGAGCAGAUACUGAAUGUUUGGAUGCAUUUUAGGCAGCCAUGACCCAGGAAGAAUUUCUAACAGCCAUCUAACGAGUGGCCAGUGAAGUUAUCACUAGGAUGUAAUAUAAACACUGCAUUUUCUCUGAAAAGACCGUGUUUACAGCAAAAAGCCUGAAGGUAAUGAUUCUACUCACCAGAAAAACUCAAUAAGCUGUAGUUGUUCUGGUGACUAUAGUGUCCCUUUAAAGUUUGCUGAUCAGAGCUAACCCCAAACACAGACAUAUGGAGUGAUUCUGAGUAUUAGUGCUGCAACAAGUAUUCAACAUAUUCAAGGCUGUUAAUAAAAUAGCAAUGCUGAUUAGUUAAAUUAUAAUCUGUAACUAUAAAAAGGUAACCAUAGUGUACACCCAAUGUAUAGAAUCUUCACACUGUUAUAAUGCUAUGUGCCCAACAAAUGGUAUCUUCACACUGUUAUAUUAACACUAACACUGUUCCUAGCCUAUCACAACAUAUAUAUAAAAAUGUGCAACUCCUUUUUAAUGCCACUGUGAAAAAACAAGGAUUUAUUCACGUGUGCUGUUGUGGCACUUGACAAAUGUUUGUAACUACCCAAACACAGGAAAAAUAAAGAAUUUAAAAAAGGUAACCAUAGUGUUUAAACUCAUUUUUUUUUUUUUUUUGGUUUGUUUGUUUGUGUUUUUUUACUCAAAUGUACAGAGGUGAAGCUACCAAGAUUUACAAGUAGUAUGUGGACUCUGAAACAUAACCUAAGGUGUGUGCCCACCCCUCCCAGCAGGAUGCCGGUUAUACAAAACCCUAAGGACCUGAGCUGCUUUAGCCCAAGGGCCACAACUUGUCACAGUGACACAAUGAUUGAAUGCUUGUUUCCUCGGUAAUUUUUUAUUUAUUUUUUGUUCCUCUUGCUUUACAGUGGAAACUGCCUAGAUAAGUAACCCUUUAUCUAUAGUUCUUGUGUUUAUUACAGAAUGACUUGACCUUUUUACCCUUUUGAGGUCUCCUUAACCUAAGCAGCUGGUCCACAUAUUUUAGUGGACUUUAAUAGCAAGCUUCAUGCCAGCGGGACUUCAGUUUAAGCCAGGAAGAUGUUUCAUCUGGAUGUAUGCAGAUAGAACUGUCUUCAAUUUUAUGUUCCCUUUCUUGUGCCAUGACUAAUCUUCUGAAGGGGACACAGCCUGUGUGGAGAAGCCGACUGACCUCCUGAGCCAGUGUCAAAUUUGGCUUAUUUCUCAUAAUAGCAAGCCCUGUUAGAAAAGACACAUUAUUUAUAAAGGGUCAUUUGGAAAUCUUGUUUUCAAGAUUUAAAUGCAUCAAUCUCUUCAUUAUUUUCAUUUAGAUUUAUACUCCUGCAUCCCCCUUUUUAUUCUUAGUCUUGUCAACACGCCAAGGGUGUUUUAUCCCUGGGUGUUAUUUUUAGCUAAUUGGCGAUACCUGCUAUUAAUAUCUCUGCGGUCCAGGAGCUGAAUCGUUUCUCUCUCCCAUUAAAUGCCCCUUGGACCAUAGGGAUUCUUGUGGCAGUUGGUAAUGUGAGGUGGGAAAGAAUUCUAAAAAUCAAAUAAGGUCAAGAUCAAAUGGGAGGUUAGGAUUUGCUACAAAACAGCUAUACAUACUUACUGAGAUAUUAUACACUUUCAUAUGCUUAGUAUCUUCUUGACAAACUAUCUUUAACGUGUUGCUUAAAAAAACAUGACCAAGGAUUCCAUUGUAUUACAAAGUUGUAAAGAGUAUAAUAUAACGUUAACCAUAGUGACAUUUGUGGCAAGUUUCCUCUUUGUCAAGAUGCUGUAUAAUACAAUAAAUUUAGACUUAUUUAUUAUAUUAUUGCAAAUCAGUUGAGUAAACCAUUUCUGGAAUUCAGUAAAGAGUUUAGUCUUUUUUUUUUGUGUGUGUGUGUGUGUGUGUGUGUGUGUGUGUGUGUAUGUAUGUAUGUAUGUAUAUAUAUAUAUAUAUAUAUAUAUAUAUAAUAUAUAUUUAUUUUUUUUGUAUUAUGGCUUGACUGGUGUGCAGAUUAUUUUGUUUAACAUUGUAUUAAAUAUAUAAUUAUGCACACACUCUGUGUAAAAGGAAACAAAACAAUAUUUGUAAGCACAAUCACAAUAUAGCAUCUAGCUCAGUUGAUCAGUGUGAAUUAGUUUAAAUGACUGUAUCUCCAUCUUUUGUCAAGUCCUACAGAGUCUUAUCCGACUUAAUCUCCACUGGAAGAGUGUUAAAUUUUAUACAGAGUGACCAGUAUAUUAGAAUGGUUCAUAGGCGAAUGCUUAAUUAGAACCCUGCUCACACUCCACAACAUACCUAUAUUAAUAGUGUGCUGCUGAAAUGACCACCAGUAACAUAUAAUGAAUACUACAUACAUCUAUUCCCAACCUGCUUUCUGUUUCCUUUUGUUUACUAUGCAUUCAACACCUGAUAUUUAAAUAUAAAAAAAGUAUAUAACUAAAUAUAAAUGAACAAACCACAAGGUUAAACGGCGAUGACUGGAAGCAUGAUGCUGGAAUGUCUACGUUUGAUUUACCAUUAGCUGACUCAAGUCUCACACACAAGUGAAGUACAAGAUGAGCUAUGAGGAAAAAAAAUGAAUAAUUCCUCUGUCCCAAAGGCAACCAUUUUCCUACCCCCCCCCCCCUUUUUUUUUUUUUUUUUUUACACUCCUUCAGUAUUUGAAGCCAAAGUAAUUGUACGAUUAACUAUGAACUUUUACCCCUGCAAGUUGUCACGUCUACCUUGAUGAAGCCUAUAAUCGACGCGUUAUCUUGUUGAUUUUCAAUCCUGGACUAUGAUAUGCAUUUCAGCCAAUCUGAAUACACACGUCACUUUAUUGCUCCAUUGAUUCUAUAUCUGCAACCUCUUUAAAAUUCAGUGCUUAUUGAAGCAUUUGCAUGUAUAUUGAAUUUGUGUUUUUAAUAAUAACGUUCUUUUAUAUUAUGACGUUACUGACCUAAUUAAUUUGUUAGAAUGCAGAAAUGUGUGCACCCAUAGGGUCCUGUAUUAAAUAUUAAAACGAAAGUGAGAACCCUACGUGAAACAUUUAUUGUGUUUCUUAAUUUUAAACCAUGCCUUGGAGUUAAAGCCUUUCUCUGAUGUUAAAAUUCUAUUUGGCAAAUUGAGCUCAGUCUGAGCCAUCUGCCUUAAUUCUAGGCUUCUAUGUAGACUGUGAGUAAAACUAAUGUUACUCUAUAAUUUCCCUAGGUGCCAAAUCUGUUUUAAAUGCCAGUCUUGAAUCCUGUGUGGCACGUCUGUUCUAAGGUUAUCUACUUGAGCCAAGUAUCCCUUGGUUUGUGUAUUGUUACUGAGGCCCAAGAGAAGCGGUUGUGGAACUUUUACUCUACUAACCUUGGUCUGACAUGGUAAAGUAUUUUAAAUGUGGUCACCGACCUGACUCUUUCCUCUUUCAUGUCUGACUGAAAAAUCAGUCUGUGCCACUGAUGAUAAAUUAAACCUGAUUACACUUUUCAAAAUUGGUUAGCAGGUACAAAAAUCCCUUCCAAAUGCUAAGCAAGAUACAAAAUUACACAAACCUAAUUUGGAGAGUGGAAGUCAAAGAAC